AAAAGUCAGCAUCGGAUAUAUAAACUCCUGCCUCGUUCUCCUCCUAAAGCUAUUUUAUUUCCUUGAUCUGUUAACAGUUCUUGAUCAGUUCUUUAUUCAAUCUUCCUACUGAAAAAAAAAUACCAAUUACUCAUGUCCUACUCCUCCAAUCUUCCUCUCCAUGCUUGGAUAUGUCAAAAGAAACAAGUCACAGGAACAACUUAGAUGCUUGGAUCCAAUUGUUUGAUGGUGCAACAACCUCUACUGCUAACACAGAAGAUCAAAGAAGAAGAAGAAGAAGAAGAAAGAUCUCAGCUUUCAUCAUUCCUUAAUACUUCAGCUAGACCAAGAUCAAGAUCAUGUGUGACUACUUCUGGAAACGGUUGGAGAACAGCCAGGGAGAUCUCACCGACAUCUUUCAAGGCAGCCGCGGCGCCGCCCUCGCCGGCUCAGCGGUGGCUGCCGACAUUCCAACCACCAUCACUGAUCACACCUGGCAGCCAUCUCCUGAUCCGGCGACUGCUUUGCCAUUGCAGAAUAACUGUUUCUUAGACAACUUUGCCAACAUCAAAGACCCGAUGUUGCACGAAUUGGCGGGAACGGGCUUCUUCGGCUCAUCGGAGAAGACUGCACCCAGCAACAACCUCUCAAGCAUGGCUAUAACAGUGAUCCGGCAGCCGCCGCCACUUGUAGGACUCACUGAUACGAUGAAGGUUGGCGGCGAUGUGGCGAUCUCUUUGCCUCAAACGCCGGCGGUCAAGAGAAGGAAAAACCAGGCAAGAAAGGUGGUUUGCAUACCGGCACCAGCUGUGGCAAGCAAUAAGCCAGGGGGAGAGGUAGUUCCUUCUGAUUUAUGGGCUUGGAGGAAGUAUGGACAGAAGCCAAUCAAAGGUUCUCCUUAUCCAAGAGGCUAUUACAGAUGUAGCAGUUCCAAAGGAUGCUCAGCAAGGAAACAAGUAGAGCGUAGCCGAACAGAUCCAAACAUGUUAGUCAUCACUUACACCUCAGAUCAUAAUCAUCCAUGGCCUACUCAAAGAAACGCUCUUGCAGGAUCCACAAGAUCUCAGUCUUCUAAAAACAACAAUAAUAAUGCAUCUUCUUCAAAGAGUUCUUCUAUUAAUCAAAAGCUACCUUCUGAAAGCAUUACAGUUAGAGAAGAAGAAGAAGAAGAAGAAGCAAAAUUAAUCAGUCCAAUAAGCUCAAGUUUCCCAUUUGUAAAAGAAAGAAAGGACAUGGAGAACAGCACUGUGGUUGAACACUUACAUCAUGAUUUUAACCAGGUAUUCUUCCAUAAGAGCUUAAAAGAGCUCGAGCCUGAUGAUUUCUUUGCAGAUUUGGCUGUACUAGAUGCUGAUUCAAUGAGCCUUGAUGAGGAGAAGAAUGACAAGAAGACCAUGGAUCCCUUUAAUAUGUUUGGGUGGGAUGGAGGGAACUCUUUUGGAGUAACAAAGAGAGGCUAAUAAUGGCAAGACCUUUGAAGAAGUAUCUUACAGAAAUAAAAACAUCAUAUAUUUUAUUCCCAAAUACACAGUUUUAAUUAAUUUCUUCACUAUUUAGAUACCUUCAUAAUUAUUAUUUUUUAUGUUAUUAUGUUCUUAGUAUUUUCACU